AUGAAAAAUAAAAUAUGUUUAACCGAGAAGAAUUAUAAGCAGCUGCAAGCUUUGUACGACGAGUUUAGCUGCUCUAAGGGACUCAAGAUUCUUGGCUUUCCCUGCAAUCAGUUCGGGGGUCAGGAACCUUGGCCCGAAGCGGAGAUAAAGAAAUUUGUGACUGAAAAUUAUGGUGUAACUUUUGAUAUGUUUGCCAAGAUUGAUGUCAACGGUGGUAAGGCACAUCCCUUAUUUCAAUUUUUGAAGUCGAAACAGGGUGGUACCUUGGGCGAUUUUAUCAAGUGGAAUUUCACCAAGUUUCUGAUUGACAAGAAUGGCGAGCCUGUGAAGAGGUACUCUCCUACAACUGAACCAUUGGAAAUAAAGAAAGAUUUGGGCAAAUAUUGGUAAAGGAUGGUAGGGAAGAAAAACAUGCACUCUAAUUUAAUUUAUACGUAUCCUAUUUCCACGGUUCACUAAUUGACUUAUGACAAUUAUUCUCCUAAAAUCUCAUAUCCUUGGGCAGGAAAUAAUUUGAUGCGGUUUUUAGUCGUACAAAAACUGACAAUUAGUGAAUCUAUAACUAGUAAUUAAGAAAUUAAUAAUUAAAUGGUGUAUACAUACUUUUUCUAUUGUGGGUACAUGUAAUAAUCAUGGAUAUAUAUAUUAUUUAUAUAUAUAUACAUAUAUAGUUUUAACGGAAAAAAAUAUAUGUUUUGUCUUGUUCAUCCUUUAGGACUUGAGAAUUUUAACGUGAAUCAUUCGACUGUGUUUUAUCUUAUUAUAAAAGGAUAGACGUAUACCUCAUGAUUGUUACUCACGCGCGUACAUUCAUACAGGCCUAUUUUUUGCACAUCGUCGAGGAAUUAUUUCCUGUUAAUAAUUCUUCUAUCAGCGAUAUAAUCACAGAACAGGGGCUUCUCAGAUUUGGCCUUCUCGGCCCACGGGGCUCUCCAACCGGCCCCUUUUACUAUGACCGCCAUGUCGCCACUUACGGGUCCAAAUAAACUUUCAUCCACGAAACUUUCGAGGUGCCUUGGCGAAGGUUUAAGUUUCCAGUAAGGAUUAUUUCGACCGGAAACAUUCCGCCGGCCGUCUUCGUCAAUUUUUCGCGCAAAAUCUGUUACAGAGCCUGCCCUGAAAGCCGGGCGCGGCGUC